AUGAAAAUACCCUUCCAUACAUAAUGCCCAAUUACCUUUCUAACUUUCCACAUGUAUUGGUCGUCGAACGUUCACCGGCGACGACGGCCAUCUUCCGGCCACCUUUCCUAGAACAAAAUGCUCCGCCCUCAACCCGCCUACAACCUCAUGGAAAUCAACCUGAUCUCCGCCCACGACCUCCCUCCCGUAUCCAAAACGCUGCGCUCGUACGUCGUCGUGUGGCUAGAUUCCGGCCGCAAGCUAACGACGAGGAUCGACCACGACGGCCGCACUAAUCCCACGUGGAAUUACCGGCUCGUCUUCCGCCUCGACGACCGGAUUCUCGGUUCCGGCGCCGUCAAUUUCGAGAUCUAUAACGUCGCGUGGCUGCGCGACACUCCGAUCGGGACGGCCACGCUCGCGUUGAACAGCUUCUUCCCGCCGCUCUCGGCCAACAAUUCCGCCGUUCGACACGCCGCCCUGCCGAUUCGCCGGCCGACCGGGCAUUUGCGAGGAACCCUAAACGUUACGAUCCGAUUGCAAGAAGGCGGCUGCGAUGGGAGGGCAGAACCGUCCAAGGCCGAUAAUUUUGAAGAUGUAGACGACGCUGAAAGUAAAAGCGUUUUCAAUGGUGUUUCAGAGAGAUCCAAAAUCUGUGGAGAAACCGAGGAGAUAAAUAAAACGCCGGAGAAUCCGCUCGAUUGCGACCAUGGAAACCUAAAGCGGACAAAGAGCGCCCGGAUCGUGUCCGAUAAAGAGGACGACGAGAUCGAGAAAAACUGCCGCCCGUCUUUCAGCGCCUCCUACGUCUCCGGCAUGCACCCCUUGCCGUCGGAGGUGGCGGCGGACUUGAUGAAAGGUUAUUUUUCCGGAGGGGAAGAGGAGGAGUACGGGAGCUCCAUAUUCGAGAACUGGCCCCUCCCGGGAGAGACCAAGACGCCGAACAAGGAUUGUUACCCGGAGGGAGCGAAGAGGGAUGUGGCGUUGAUUCCGAUGGCCGUAAAAGGUCACAGCCGGUCGGGGUCGUGGGGGGAUAAAACAGGAUUGUCGUCGAACCAUCACCGCCGGCACCAUCAUCGCCGGGGCCGCUCCGGUGGUGGGGGAUUGUUGUCGUGUUUCGGAAAUGCGUACGGGGUGGAGUUCAGGCUCAUCUGUGGGUCCGACCCGACGACCAAUGAGAAAAAGAUUAAAAAAACAAAAGAUGAAUCUUUUCUUCGAAAGUCCCUCAAAAUGCGUCAUGCUGCCGUGAGGGACAAGGAAAACCGCCCCACUAUUGUCGCGAGGGAAAGACGUGAGUGGCUUCGUUUGGACCGGAGUAAAGACGAAAAGGAGAGAAUAAAAUAUAAGGAGAAAAUUGAAAGGCUUUCUUGCACUGUUCAAAUAAUAUUGGAUUAGGAAAAAUCCCUAAUCCAUCAAUAAUAUACAAUGUAGUUUUAUUUAAUUAUUUGUCAAAUAAAGACUGAUCCUUAUU